UGCCACUCCGCGUCUCAACGGCUUUUACUUCCCCUUCACACCCAUCGGGGCUGAUUGUCAUUUCUUCUACCCUACCCUCUUAAAAUCGACAUCGGCAGAUUAUCCAUUGAGCUGAAAUGCCCGCUGCUACUGCCACCAACGGUCGCUCCAGUCGGUCUGGGCCCUCUUCGAAAGGGGUCGUUGUACUCAAGCUCUCGUCGGACUUGUUAAGUCGCUUUGCCACUCCUCCUCCCCCAGAGGUUAAGGACAGGAAGAAGAGUAGCAUCAAGGACGACGAGUCUAGAGCCGUCUCCCCCAUCAAGGAAAAGGAACCCUCCUCCCCGGCGUCAUCUUCCGUGGAAGCACCUAUCCCUCCGUCCGACAAUGCAUCGGAUGCUGCAUCUACACCGGCCGCGGGCACUUCGGCUGCCGACACCCCCCGUCGCAAAGGUGUACCUGGUCCUAAGCCUGGAGUCAAACGAGCUCUGAACCAGACAAGCGAGACAACCCCUAAACCGAGAGGAAAGCCUGGUCCGAAGAAGAAGCCCAGACUUGACGACGGUACCUCUGAACCCGUCAAAAUUGCAGCAUCCCAUAGGUUGGGGCCCAAAGCCAACACCGGCGCCAUUAAUGCGGGCCUUCGCGCCCUUGAUCGUUCGGGGGCUCCAUGCCGCAAAUGGGAACGCAAGUCUUUGCAACUGAAAAGCUUCACUGGAAUCCAGUGGCAGCUGCCGACCUGGCGAACUCCUCGACCUCAGAAAACAGACGACAAUGGCGAAAUUAAGGAGUCUGUCUUGGAGACCGGUGAUAGCGAUAGCAAGGCGAAUCAAAGCGCCAGCGGAGUUCCUAGCGAGAAGAGCAACUCUGGUGAUGGAGACCUAACGCCGGUCCCUCCAAAUAUCGCAGAGGUAUCUUCGCCUGCCAUUGCUAUGGCCGCAUAGGCUCCAAACCCAUAAUCUGAUUCGGCCAUUCGUGUACAUUAU